AUGCUUAGUAUCGUGAUACUAUCUGCCCUUGGUAUAAUAAUAACCAUAAUCGGCCUAUUUGGCAUAAUAAAGGAGCGUAAAGGCUUAGUGAUCAUAUUGGUGAUUUUUGGUACCGUGGGCAUUAUUUUCGACCUGAUCAUGGCAGAAUUUGUCACAGCCAUAAUCGGGGCUAUUGUGGUCGCUUUCACCAUCUUUUACAUUAAACUUAUCGGUGAUAAGCAAAGUGAGGCUCACUCUCAGUAUCCCAAUGCAUCAUAA